UUUCACGCGGGAAGUGCAGCACUGGAUGCGGACCGAUGGCUUGAUGAUUUCUUCACAGAAGAUAUCAGCCUUCAGUAUUCCAACAAUCCAGUCAUCCACGGCACGGAUGUCAGGGCGAUGUUCAAGAUGGUCUUUGCAAAGCUUGAUCUUAUGACCCAUGAGGUCCUCUACUUUGAUGUGGUCGAAUCCAAGAUCUACCAGGCGGCAACCAUCCGAUAUCUCGUCAAAGGCGACGACCCCAACCGUGAUGUGAUUGAAAUUCCGGGAUUUGCCGUGUUUUUUCUGCGGCAGCAGAAGGACGGGGAGAGACCCAAGUUGUUUCGCGCGGAAACUUACCUCAAUCCAACUGGGAUCUUUGCCAGGAUAGCUGAGAAA